AUGGGUUCAUAUUCUCAUAUAAUUCAGGUUCCAGUCAUCAAGCUCUCAAUGGGCUCGGACUUGAAUCGAGGAAGUGAAGGGUGGCACAACUUGUGCAAGAGAGUUCGAGAAGCUUGUGAAAAUUAUGGAUGUUUCGAAGUAAUCUAUGACAAGAUCCCUAUAGACUUAAGGACUGAGGCUUUCUCGGCGGCGAGACAGCUUUUUGACCUUCCUUUGGAUGCCAAGCAGAAAGGUGUAAAUCCAACGAGACCUAGCCGUGGCUACAUGGGACAGGGUUCUUUAGGUCCCUUGUACGAGGCCUUUGCAAUUGAAGAUGGCUCUAACUAUGAUUCCCUCAAAAGCUUCACGGAAGUAAUAUGGUCGGAUGGUAAUGACCAAUUCUGCCAGGCAUUUAUUUCUAUGGUUAAGUUGCUGGACGAGCUGGAACAUAUACUAGAAUUGAUGAUUCUUGAUGCUUAUGGUUUGGGGGAGAAAAAAGAGUCAAUCUUGGAAUGCAAAAGUACACUACUAAGGCUAAUGAAAUACAAGGCUCCCCCAUCAGGGGAAUCUAUGGAAGGGCUCAGAGCUCAUAUUGAUACAGGAUUGGGUACAAUCCUCUGUGAAGAUCAAAUUUCAGGCCUUGAAAUUGAGACCAAGGAUGGGCAAUGGAUUAAACUGUCUCCAUCUCCUAGCUCCUUCGUCUUUUUUGUUGGAGAUUGUCUAAUGGCAUGGAGUAAUUGCAGAAUGCAUGCCGUAAAGCACAGAGUGACGAUGGGCGGGGAUAAAGACCGUUAUUCUUUCGGAGCUUUUGCAUUUCCAGUGGAUGGCAGCAUUGUCAAGGCACCAAAAGAGUUUAUUGAUGAAGAACAUCCCCAACUUCUUAGAGAGUUUGACUUCGCAGAUUAUGUCAAGUUCUACCUUCGAAAGUUCGAGGCCGGUGGACGGGACAAUCGCCCAGAUCACGUAUUGAAAAUAUUCGCAUUUGCAGGGAUAUAA